AUGGUCAAAAAUAAAAAGAUGAAGAAAGUAAAAGAAGAAAAUGAAUCUUCAGAUUUCUCAAACGUUCCUUAUGAUGAUAAUUCAGAUAUGGAUACCGAUCAAGAAAGUGACGCAGAGUGUAUGUUCUGCACUGAACAUUAUUCAAAGGAACAACAUGCAGAAAAGUGGGUACAGUGUUCAAGUUACUUCAAAUGGUCACAUGAAGAGUGUGCUGGCAGUGACAAAAUGAACACUAACAUAAUAAUAUGUGAUUUUUGUAUUUAA